ACCCACGAGUCCGGAAAUGACGAAGUCCCUGAGGCCUGUAGGAGGCCUGAAGUGAGAAGGAAGAGGAGAUUUCUGCCGGGUGACUGGGCUGUCAGUGAGCGAGUCCCAGUCUGUGUGACAGCACCCCGCGGGUCACCAUGCCGGCGCUUCUGGAACGCCCCAAGCUCUCCAAUGCCAUGGCCAGGGCCUUGCAUCGACACAUAAUGAUGGAGCGGGAGAGGAAGAGGCAGGAGGAAGAGGAGGUAGACAAGAUGAUGGAACAGAAAAUGAAGGAGGAGCAGGAGAGGAGGAAGAAAAAGGAAAUGGAAGAGAGGAUGUCACUGGAAGAGACCAAAGAACAGAUCCUUAAACUGCAAGAGAAGCUCCUGGCUCUACAAGAGGAGAAGCACCAGCUCUUCCUGCAGCUCAAGAAAGUUUUACAUGAGGAGGAAAAAAGGCGUCGUAAGGAGCAAAGUGACUUGACAACACUUACAUCUGCAGCAUACCAGCAAGGUCUGGCUGUGCACACAGGGACCCAUCUGCUCAGCAUGCAGGGCAGCCCUGGAGGACACAACAGGCCAGGAACGCUUAUGUCUGCUGAUAGGGCCAAGCAGAUGUUUGGACCCCAAGUGCUCACGACCCGUCACUUUGUGGGGUCAACAGCUUUUGCAGGAACCUCAGAACAUGGGCAAUUCCAGGGUAGCCCGGGAGGGGCCUAUGGGGCAGCCCAGCCCCCACCUCACUAUGGACCUACCCAGCCAGGUUAUAGUCCCAGCCAGCAGCUCAGAGCCCCUUCAGCUUUUCCUGCUGUUCAGUACCUGUCCCAACCUCAGCCACAGUCCUAUGCAGUACACAGCCACUACCAGCCCACACAAACAGGGUUCCUACAACCCGGCAAUGCCCUGUCCCUUCAAAAGCAGCUGGAACAUGCUAACCAGCAAUCUGGCUUCUCUGAUUCGUCUUCUCUGCGCCCCAUGCAUCCCCAGGCUCUGCACCCAACCCCUGGGCUUUUAGCCACACCCCAGCUUCCUGUACAGAUGCAACCAUCAGGAAAGUCAAGCUUUGCAGCCACCAGCCAACCAGGCCCCCGUCUCCCUUUUAUUCAGCACAGCCAGAACCAACGUUUUUAUCACAAGUGACUCGACCUGUGUCCUGCCUCCCCAGCUCUCCCAACUAAUAAAGUUAAACUGCCAUCAGA